GCAACAUCAUAGGGUCCUCAACCAAAACUGCUCCUCUUCAGUACACUUCUUUUGUAAACCUCAAACAAAAAAGAUACCAAAACUAGUUUGAGCGAUCUAGAGGAGUGUUUGGUUCUUUUGGAUUAACCAAGAAAAUGGCAAAGUCAUGCGGAGCUAUCUUCCUCUUGGCCCUCAUUGUUCUCUCCUUGCUUCAAACCAUGGUGAUGGCCAAUGGAUAUAAUUAUCCAAUAAAGUUUGACCCAAAACGUUACAGACAAGGAAGCCUGAAAAUUACCCAAUGCCCAUCGGAAUGCGAUAGGAGGUGUAAACAGACACAGUACCACAAAGCCUGCAUUACGUUCUGCAACAAGUGCUGCAGGAAGUGUCUCUGUGUGCCUCCGGGUUAUUAUGGGAACAAACAAGUUUGCGGUUGCUACAACAACUGGAAAACUCAAGAGGGUGGACCUAAAUGCCCUUGAAAUUAUCUCCCCUUACUUCACUUUCCACUAUCGUAUCGUUCCUUUUUAUAAUAAAAAUUUGGACGAUGACUAAAACAGAUGAAAAUCUGUUUUUUAAUUUUCUUUUCUAAAAAGUAUUUUGUGUUUCAAUCUUAUUAUAUUUCUGAUGUUGUAAUAUUAUGUCACUCCUUUUGGGAUUUUGUCCUAAAUCCUUGAAAAAAAUGAGAGUGGCCUAUGAAUGAUAUUUUAUUGAAUAUUUUGGUGUU